GCGGGUGGGAGAACGGCUCCGCGACCACCGGUGGCCGGAGCCCCUCCACCUUCUGCUAGAGAUGGUCUUCCUCUCGUUGCAUGCAGGCUCCUGGGAAAGCUGGUGCUGCUGCUUCGUAAUUCCAGCCGACGGACCUUGGGACCCGGGCUGGCGCUGGCGGCUGGAGAUGGCGGACACAAGAUCCGUGCAUGAAACCAGGUUUCAGGCGGCGGUGAAGGUGAUCCAGAGUUUGCCGAAAAAUGGUUCAUUCCAGCCAACAAAUGAAAUGAUGCUCAAGUUCUAUAGCUUCUAUAAGCAGGCAACUGAAGGCCCCUGUAAACUAUCAAGACCUGGAUUCUGGGAUCCUGUUGGAAGAUAUAAAUGGAAUGCUUGGAGUUCAUUGGGUGAUAUGACCAAAGAGGAAGCCAUGAUUGCAUAUGUUGAAGAAAUGAAAAAGAUUCUUGAAACAAUGCCAAUGACUGAGAAAGUUGAAGAAUUGCUACAUGUCAUAGGUCCAUUUUAUGAAAUUGUAGAGGACAAAAAGAGUGGCAGAAGUUCUGAUUUAACUUCAGUCCGACUGGAGAAAAUCUCUAAAUACUUAGAAGGUCUUGGUAAUGUUCUAACUUCUCCUCCAAAUGCCAAAACUGUUAAUGGUAAAGCUGAAAGCAGUGAUAGUGGAGCUGAGUCUGAGGAAGAGGAGGCCCGAGAAGAAGUGAAAGGAGCAGAACAAAGUGAUAAUGAAAAGAUGAUGAAGAAAUCCACAGAGCACAAGAGUUUGGACAUCAUUGUUGCUAAUGGCUAUGAUAAAGACAGCUUUGUUCAGGAUGUACAGAACGAUAUCCAUGCCAGUUCUUCCCUGAGUGGCAGAAGCACUGAAGAAGUAAAGCCUGUAGAUCAAAACUUGGAGCAAACUGGAAAAACUGCUGUCUGUGCUCACCAAGAUAUAAAUGAUGAUCAUGUUGAAGAUGUUUCAGGAGUUCAGCAUUUGACAAGUGAUUCAGACAGUGAAGUUUACUGUGAUUCCAUGGAGCAACUUGGACAGGAAGAGUCUUUAGAUAGCUUUACAUCAAACAAUGGACCAUUUCGAUAUUACUUGGGUGGUGAUCCCAAUAAGCCCUUGGAAAAUUCUGGUUUUCCUGAAGAUGUUCAAAUUUUUCCUGGAAAUGGCAACAUUGGGGAGAUGCAGGUGGCAGCAGUCGAAGGAAAAGGUGAAGUAAAGCAUGGAGGAGAAGAUGGACGAAGUAACAGCGGCGCGCCACACCGUGAGAAACGGGGUGGGGAAAGUGAGGAAUUCUCUAAUGUCAGAAGAGGGAGAGGGCAUAGGAUGCAACAUUUGAGCGAAGGAGCCAAGGGUCAGCAAGUGGGAAGUGGAGGUGAUGGAGAGCGCUGGGGUUCAGACAGAGGGACAAGAGGCAGCCUCAAUGAGCAGAUUGCUCUUGUGAUCAUGCGACUUCAAGAGGACAUGCAGAAUGUCCUUCAGAGACUUCAUAAACUGGAAACACUAACAGCUUCGCAGGCAAAAUUGUCAACAUUACAGACUAGUAAUCUGCCUUCUUCACAGAGAUCAUCUUGGUGGCCCUUCGAGAUGUCUCCUGGUACAUUAACCUUUGCUAUCAUAUGGCCUUUUAUUGCCCAAUGGUUGGUGCAUUUAUAUUAUCAAAGAAGGAGAAGAAAACGGAACUGAAGAAAAUUUUAUUUCAACCAAGAAGACUACUGGGCCUGGAUGACCUUGGAAUGAAAUGGAUUGUGGAGCUCACAAGAAAAUCCUAGUUUGUGAUUAUUACAUUUCUUAUUGUUGUCCAAUAGUUUGGUUUGUGUACAUAUAUACAUAUAUAUAUUUUGCACUACACAAAUGAUAACAUUUUAAAGACUAACGUUGCUGAUACUUGAAUAAUCAAUCUCAACUAGGUUGUAAGUAGCACACAUAGAUUUACCCUACCCUUGAACUUGAAGGACAUUAAAUUAUUAAUUAUUGCUUGGUAACAUGUUUACCUGAUUAUCUCCCAUAGAGAAAUAUAAGCUGCUUAGGUACAGUUGUGACAAUGAGAUCAGAUUUAUAACUGGGUAUUUUUAAUUUUCUAAAUUAAAUAUGAGAAAGAAUGCAAAUCAGGAGUGAAUUUCAAAUUAGAUUAUAUUGACUUUCUAUCUUAGUCACUGAAUUGCUGUUUCAAGGAGUAGAAAACUUCUAUAAUCUUUGAUGGGUGUUCACAGCUCUGACUUUAGCGUUCAAACAACAUUAUUAUAAACUAGAGCCCAUUUAACAGGCUUAGUUUUUACAAAUGACUCACAGAAUAGACAUAACCUGCUGAUGGAAAAGGUGAAAAAUGGGCUUAAAAUAGGCUUGAAAGUUUAUUCUGAGCCUGUAGAUCAUUAAUAAGAUUUUUAUUAAAUCCUAUACAUUUAUUCCUUUGUAAUCAUUUGUCUUUUACUGAGGAUAUCUUGUUUCUGCUUCAUCAGGUGCUUUGAAAUAUAAAAUGAAAAAACUUAUUUAUACUGUUUU